CCUCGGAGGCUUGCAAUCCCCCCAUCUGCUCCCGAGUCCCGACACGGGCCCCGCCCCGCCCCCGUCACCGCCGCGGCGCCGGCGACCGUUUCCUCCUCCUCCUCCGCUCGAGGAGAGGGCCAGCGGCAGGAGACCGGUCAAUUCAACAGGACCGUCCCAUAUGGGCGCGGAGGCAGAGCACCCGCAGCAGCAGCAGCCUCCGUCCGCCGUCCGUCCCGGCAGGGCGGCGGCGGCGCCCGCGGUGCUGGGGCUCCAGCUCUCCGCGCUGAUCGACCACGUCGCGCGCGUCGACUGGUCCCUCCUCGACCGCGUCCCCGGCGACCGCGGCGGCUCGCAGCAGGUGUCCAUUGACGAGCUGAAUCAUAUUCUUACUGAAGUGAAUGCCCACAUCCUUUCUUCCCGCAAUGAUCUGACUCCAAUAACUACAAUAGCCGGUGGAAGCGUUGCCAACACAAUUCGUGGGCUCUCAGCUGGUUUUGGGAUAUCAACUGGAAUAAUUGGAGCUUGUGGAGACGACAGCCAGGGCAUUUUGUUUGUCAACAACAUGAGUUUUAGUGGUGUCGAUCUCACAAGAUUAAGGGCCAAAAAAGGGCACACUGCUCAGUGUGCGUGCUUGGUCGAUGCAAGCGGCAAUCGCACCAUGCGGCCAUGCCUAUCUAGUGCAGUCAAAAUGCAGGCCAAUGAGUUUAGAAAAGAGGAUUUCAAAGGUUCCAAGUGGCUUGUUGUGAGAUAUGCACAACAGAACAUGGAACAGAUUAUUGAAGCUAUUAGGAUUGCUAAACAGGAAGGCCUUUCAGUAUCAUUAGAUUUGGCCAGUUUUGAGAUGGUUCGUGACUCUAGGUCAAAACUCAUUAACCUUUUGGAGACUGGCAACAUUGACCUUUGCUUCGCCAAUGAGGAUGAAGCUAGAGAGGUUAUAGGGGGAGAUCCGACAUCAAAUCCAGAGGAGGCGCUUGCAUUCUUGGGCAAGUACUGCAAAUGGGCCGUGGUGACACUUGCUUCAAAGGGGUGUAUGGCGAAACAUGGCAAACAGGUCGUUCAAGUGCCGGCGAUCGGGGAGAGCAACGCGGUGGACACGACUGGAGCAGGCGACCUGUUCGCGAGCGGGUUCCUGUACGGGCUGGUGAAGGGGCUGCCACUUGAGGAGUGCUGCAAGGUGGGGGCGUGCAGCGGCGGGUCGGUGACGCGGGCGCUGGGCGGGGAGGUGCGGCCGGAGAACUGGCAGUGGAUGUACAAGCAGAUGCACGCCAGGGGCCUACUGCUCCCUGAGCUCAAGAACUGAACUGCUGCUGCUGCUGCUGCUUCUGUUGCUGCUGCGUAUUAGCAGCACCAGCUGCUGUAUCUCACCACUCCUAAGAGGCCAUUAUCCAGCCUCCCGUUAUUGAUUGUCGCGGUUGCCUUACCUGUUUGCUAGAAUAUUGUUGGUUUACCAUGCUUGAUUCAUGGCAUGGUGAAGGGCAGGCUGGCACAUUAGUUGAUUUGUUGAUGAACCACUCCUAAGAUUGAAUCAGUCGAAUGGAGUAUAUUGAUAACAUCAUGUGUGUGGCUGUGUGCUAGCUAGUGUACUUGAGUAAUUUGCCUUGCCUUGUUAGAAAAUGUGCUUGACUUGCUUUGUUAAGAAGCCUCUCUGGUUCUUCAGUUUAAGUUGUCUGUUGUUCAUCUAAAAGAUUAAUUAAAGCUGAGUAAUAUUCUUUUUUUUUUGCGAAAGCUGAAUAAUAUUCGUUAGAUAAGAUACACUUCAACGUCAGUUAGCGUUGGACGCCCGCCCCGCCCAGUCCUUGUCAAUUUGUGGGCCUAAAUGGAAGGCCCAGUCGGUCGGCCCAGCUGGUAGCGUUCCGUCGAGAAACGCUCCUCGUCAUCCUCGCGUCUCCGGCCUGCGCCUUCCAGACGCCUCCAAUCCGGGUUUCCAAACCGUCUCGGAGAAGAAGAGGAAGAGGAACACCUCACGGCGAGGUACGCGGGCGCCAAUCCGACCCGAGAUUGGCCUCUCCAUUUCCUACCCCAUCCUCCUUCUGGCGGCCCUAGCAGCUCACGCCCCAACAUCUGGCAGGUAGCCGGCGGCGGAGCAGCAGCGCCUUCUCCUUUGACGGGCAACCCGCCCACUCCUUCGGCGCCGCGACCCAUCUCCUCCCGUCGCUCCCCCAGCGCCCGUCGCUCCCCACGCGGUCGGGCCGUGCGCCGCCCUCCACGCUCCCCUGCGCACCCGCAGCUCGAGUCUGGCUGGUGCGGCAGCACCCUCCCUUCCCACGGCUUCUCCGUUCUUUCUCUCGGCCUCGGUCUUCCUUUCCUAGCGGCGACGACAGAGCGAGUUGCGCUGCCCGUUGUUCGUCGAGCGACGGGCGCUUCGCCGGCGACGGACAUCCGACAGGGGUAUGCCUGCCUAUUCCCCUCCCUUCCAUCCUGCUGCGCGAAAUCAAACACCCAAACCCGUAACAUAUGGUAUUUGUAUUCGGAUCUGACCAUGAUUAUACCUACUAAAUUCGAUCUUUAUGCAAUAGUUACCCCUAACACCCAUGUCCUAUACUGGCUCCGCCAUCCCACCCCACCCCCCGGAUCCUUCUAUUUGGCGAAUUAUGUUUGUGUUGAUUUGGGACUACGAUUUGUGAUACCUAGGGUUGUGCAGUUAUUCUGUUUAUGUUCCCGGUCAGAUCAGUUUUUUUUAAGUUCAGAUUAGUUUAAUUGGUUAGCGCAGCAAAUUUGGGCUUUGUCAAAACAGGAUAAUUUGAAGUGUUGGUCUCGAUCUGUCUCUGGUGUCUGGUGGUACUGUUCAUUUGUUAGGACGCAAAAUUUUUGUGAUGGAAAGUAUACCUGAUGCUUGUGAUUGGAAUAUUUGAGGCAAGUGGAGUGCUCAACGUUGGUUUUCCCAUCUGGCAUGUUCUCCUAUGGUGAAACAUUGCUGAAAUCAACAUGUUGCCUUGAAGAACCAGGGUAUUCUUAUCCAGAAAUUAUGCUUUCUGACCUGUUUGAGUGGAAGAUAUUAUUAUAAGAGCUAUAGUGUCCAGCAGCAAACUGCCAGUGAUUUGUAGUGUAUUUUGGCAAAGCUAUUCUUUUUUAGUAGUCUAGCGAAAUCCGUGUUAAGAGGGUGUCCAGUCCACCAGCCAAUUUUGCCUUGACUUUUUAUGUGACUCCGUUAGGACCUUGCUUGUGCAGCUUGUUCUUGGAGGAGGGUUUGCUGAGGAAGCCGCAGCCAGUUAGCCAUGUCGUCAUCCGUGCUGAGGGCUGCGGCUGACAGGGCCAUCCGGAGGCAGGCCCUCACGCUGACGGAUGCCGCGGCAUCCAGGAUCAAGCAACUCCUCAGCCUCAGGCAGCGGCCGUACCUGCGGCUCGGCGUCAAAGCCCGAGGCUGCAAUGGCCUCUCAUACACGCUCAACUAUUCCAAUGAGAAGGGGAAGUUUGAUGAGCUGGUCGAGGAGAAAGGGGUUAAAGUGCUUAUCGACCCCAAGGCAUUAAUGCAUGUUAUUGGCACCAAGAUGGACUAUGUUGAUGAUCCACUGAAGUCCGAGUUUGUGUUCAUAAACCCAAAUUCCAAAGGGGAGUGUGGCUGCGGUGAAUCCUUUAUGACUACAAGCAGCAAAGGGUCCUCAUCAUGAUGCGUUUUGCAUUGUAAAUGCAUAAGCAAAGUAUCGGAGGCCUCGGCUACUGAUUUUGUUGGGUCUGUUAUGCUGCAACCUUGCAGGACAUGCCACAAGAGUGGUUCCCUAAUGGACGCACCUAACUUACAUGUACUUCUUUGUUCACCCCAGCCAUGUUAUAUACAUGGAGUGAUUUAUCCAUGAUCUGUAUAUUUUGCUGGCUCACGAUAUGAUACCUCGAAAGUUUAUCAAAUUUUUAGUGCCA